AUGCCCAUUUCAAGAAAUCUUCCUCUGAAUGAUGGGUUGUGGUUCUUGGUUCAGAAUUCCACAGAUAUUCAGUCCAAGAAAUUCACAAUACCUCGGAAUUCUUUUAGGGCAGUGCUUGAAGUGUAUGUGUCAUUUCAUUCUAAUGAUGAGUUUUGGCAUAUAAAGGCAUAUAAUCUUACUGGUACGCCUGGAAAUGGACCUUUUAGAGAAGUUGUUGUUAGAUUAAAUGGUGAUGAAAUUGGUGCAGUUUGGCCUUUUACUGUGGUGUUCACUGGUGGGUUUAGUCCUUUGAUUUGGAGUCCCAUUACUGGCAUUGGGUCAUUUGAUCUCCCUUCUUAUGACAUCGAAAUUACGCCUUUUUUAGGGAAGAUUUUGGAUGGGAAACAACAUGAGUUUGGGUUUGGUGUUACAAAUGCUUUGAAUGAAUGGUAUGUAGAUGCAAAUUUACAUAUUUGGUUGGAUCAUGAGAGAGACACAACUACAGGAGAGUUGGUUAGAAAUGAAAAUCCACCUUCUAAAAUCUCUUUGGUUUCGGAGGAAAAGGGUUGUUACGUUACUAGUGCAAUCAGGUCGAUUUCUGUGUCUGGUUGGGUUAAUUCCUCUCAUGGGAAUAUCACUACUAAUUCAUUUCAGGACUUCAGUUUCACCAACAGAAUGACACUGCGUGGAAGUUCGCAAACAGUGAAUCAGACAAUAGAUGCAAGCCAUGGCAGCCACACUGCACUUUCAUAUGUCUCCUUGGGAUUUAACGAGAAGCGUUUGGUGGGUUCCAGUUGGUCUCCUUGGGUGUCCAGCGUUCUGAACAAUUCACAACAAGGACAGGGUGUGCUGAAUUACAGUGGGAGCUUGGUAACAGGUGCAUUAGGAAGUAUUCAACAAGUGUACUACCUUAAUGGUUCUGUUGAAUGUUACUUCUGGAAUACGAGUAGUUCAGACGGCACUAUUCUUUACUAUAUAUCAGGUGACCCCUGCCAGCCGAAAAGACAAUUCAACUCAGGCUUUGAGAGCAUCCGCGUAUUUGCUGGCUAUGUUGUGUUGUUGUAUUUGUUUCUUGUUGUGCAAAAUCAUCGUGCCUACUAUACAGAAAAUUGCAGAACACUUGGAGUGUAUGUUAUUAUUAAUGCAGAGGAACAAGGUCAGAUUAGAUUUAUGGACUGA